ACUGGCUCCAUAGUUACAACUCCUCUGUGAACCACGCUCAAGGCAGCAAAAAGAUUCAGCACAGAAAUGGCUUUUCAAUGACCCGAGAAAUAUGGUGAACGACAGAGGUUUCCGUACGAGAGCGAUGCGCUCGUGGGAAUGCCUCCUCAUUCUGCUAUCGUUUGCCUGCCAGGCCCAACUUCAAGUUAUCGAGAUAGAGCCAAGCUUUGGUAGAGAUCCUAAUGGGCGAUCAAAAAAGGCCGGAUUUGAGAGAAAAGAAAAUCUUCUACUUUUAGGAAAAACGAUUAAAAACCUUACAGUCCCGAGUGGCACUCACUGCGCGUUUGAAUGCGUCAGUAGUGAGAAUUGCAACUCGUAUAAUUUGGCAAAGAAACCGUCGAAUGGUCGUUUUGAAUGUCAGCUCAUGGCGGAUGACAUAUAUUCAAAGGAUGGGAACUUGACUGAAAGCGAGGACUUCAAUCAUUUUUUUAUCAAGAACAAAUGUCAGACUCCUGGCCUCUGUAAGAAUGGCACGUGUUACCCGGUGUAUGAGACGGACGACUUUCGCUGUGAGUGUAAGCUGAAUUUCUCCGGCAGACACUGCGAGAUAGAACUCGAUGCGUGCGGAAAAGCAUCGCAACCUUGCAACCAGGGUACUUGUGUCUCUCUUGAUGAUACGAGAUUUCAUUGUAUCUGCGAUUAUGGAAGCUUCGGGAGAUUCUGUAACAUCACCAUCAAAGACUGCGCACUCUUUCCCUGUAAGAAUGGAGGCCAGUGCGUUAACAAGGAUGACGGCUACCUGUGCCUGUGUCCGCCGGGAAAUACUGGGGAUGAAUGCCAGGAAAGUACGAGAGGAUUCGAGUACAUCUCCCACAAAGAGACCACUCACCGUGGAGUACCAUUAUGGGUUGUCCAGGCCAAAGUAGGUGUGUCUGGACAUUCCAGAUCCUCUAGCUGGUGCCAAGACUACUAUGAUCUGUGUCGCCAAAUAGAUAAGCUACCAGUAGGAUGUGGGCGCUCAUUCCGUGCCGACCCACGGUUCCAUUCUUGUCGCGAAAAGUACACUGCUGUCAUGCUUAGUGGAGACCCCAUUGACUGUCAAUCAACCGACGAUGUUGCCAUGGUAGCACAGAAAGCAGGGUUCCCCUCCUCGACGAUCGAAAAUUCAUUUGUGCUCGGCUCCUGUCACGACCAGUGCCCGACCAUGCUCAGUACAUAUUGCGACAAUAAUUUGAUGUGCUUGCGCUCAGGGCAGUCAGAGGUUUAUACCAUUUGCGCACGCCCGGAUAGCAACUUCGAUGUCACCAAUCUAACAAGCUUCAAGUCCCGGAACGUUACGUUUAGACUUGUAGAGCUGAAGCUUGUCGAUAAAAACUCGUUCCACGAAAACUGGUGCCGAGAAUACCAAAGAAUGUGUGAGGCGAUUGGUCUAAGGCCUAUAGGAAAACCCGUCACUGGCGAAACGUUUUUCUCGUGUCUGGAUUAUAACGCAGUCUUGGAAUCUUCACUUACUAUAACAUCUCUUUCUUCGAAACUUGGGUUCAGCAAUGCGCCUGCGUUUAUGUUUGAAAAGUGUAGAAGUGUUGAUUGCAACAACACCCUUAACAUCCCCGCCCUAGUCACACUCGACUACUCAUACGGCAAGCGUGUACUAACAGCGUGUAGUACUGGCGAGUCAGAAAGCUCCUUUAGAGUAUUAGACAUUCGCCAGGUCUCACAUCACGGCAAGAACUUCAAGGUUCUACAAGUGAAGGUCCCCUCAUCCACCGUACAAGGGUGGUGCACAGAGUACACGUCCCUUUGUCAAUCAUACAGCCUGAUGCCCGUCGCCUGCAGUAUGGAUUACCAGCGGUUUUCCGAGUAUUCUUCUUGUCGCGAUAAGUUCGGCGCGGUCAUGUUUCGAGACGCGGAGCUUUACGGAUGUCCUCCGAAUAAACUAAUCUCUGUGCUCGCCCAGAUGGCGAACUUCUCAUCUGCGAAUGAGCAGAACAGUUUUGGAUUUCACAAGUGCAACUUAUGCGCAGAUACAGCAUUGCUGAAUGACAGUGGCUUAUCGUUUCUUAACAAUUCCAUCCCACAUGAAUUAGCCUACACGGCGUGUGUAGAGCCAGAAACAGCCUUCGAUGUCGUGUCUGUUGUGGAAACUACUUACGAGCGGACGCCAGUUUUGGCCUUGCAUACAAAAAUCGCAAGAGCUAAAAGCAAGUCUGAAAACUGGUGUCGCGACUAUGAAAAACUCUGCUUGUCAUACGGACGAAAACCUGCCAGGUGUGAGAUGCAUACAAAAGAUGUGCAGUUGAAAUGCGGUACCGAUUACGGCGCUGUGUCUUAUCAUGAAGCCCGUGAUUGCGAAAUUUUGACGGAUAUUUCUAGGAUCGCUGGACGAGUCGGGUAUUCGGCAAAUCCAGCAACAAACUGUUUCAUUCAUGACGAGUGUUCUGAAUGCUCUGAUACAUUGCCAACAGCAUGUACUUCUACAAUGAGAUGUCUUAGGUACUCUGGAACUGGUGUGGCAGAUUUUUACACUAUCUGCGCGGGCCAGUCAAGCGAUAGUGGAGGAUUAAAAGUCAUCAGUCAAACCCCCGUUGCGGUCAACAACACCAAGUACAUUGCAGUCAAAGCUCAAGUUCCAAGCGAUGGAAAAUCAAAGAGUCCAACUUGGUGCGACGAUUAUAAGGAAAUGUGCAUGUCGUUUGGCUUGCGACCGCUGGCUGCUGGUAAUGAAGGCUAUUCUGACCAUAGAAAAUGUAGGAGCAACUACAAUGCAAUCGUGUCCCUUGAAGACAAUUCCGAGAGCUUACAGGCCCGUGUCAUUGAGAUCUUACACAACGCAUCCUUUCCCGACGCCGAAACUCAAAAUACAUUUGUGUUUUCAAACUGCUCCGAGAAAUGCCCGCGCUUUCUUCAUGAUACGAAGUGCCACAGUGCUUUGCACUGUCUCCGUCAGACAGACACAUAUGUUUACACCGUUUGCCGGGAUUCCGACAGUGCAUUUUUCGUGCACCAAGCCGAAGAAGUGAUCUACAAAGACUACAAAUUUCUUGCUAUAAAAGCCGAACUUCCCACGGACAAGACUUCUAAGCAUGAGAACUGGUGCAGAGAUUACCAGAUGCUUUGCCGUUCUUAUGGGAAAUUCCCAAUGGGUGUUAACUACAAGGAUACUUCCAAAUACUACGAGUAUUCGUCUUGCAGGAAGUACGGUUCUGUUCAUCUCACAGAGAGAUUUAUUACCGAUUCCACCUCAAGUAUAGCUAGUUUCAUUCAAAAUGUAUUUUCCUCUGCCGGAAUAGCGUUCGACCAAGCGAAAGAUUCAACCUCCAUCUUUCAUUCGUGUCAUAACCCAGACUCCUGUCCAAAUGUUAUCUCUUCAACAGCCCCCGGGUUGUAUUUAAGCAUUCGGCACAAUAUGAUGGCAUAUACAGUGUGCGUUGAACCAGAUAGCAAUAUCGAAGUUAUUGACUUCAAAACAAUGGUGUAUCAGGGUGUAUCUUAUAUGGGGGUAGCUGCCAAAAUGCCUGAGAGACCCGUAUGGAGAAAUGGCUCGUUGUGUCGUGACUACCAGAAGCUGUGCUACUCCUUAGGCCGGCAUCCCAUCGUGUGUAAGAGCGAUGGUGGAACACUGGUUCAAGAAAUCUCUGACGGCUCACCGACCCCUGUUGUGAUACACAACCAGGACUUUUGCGCCGAUAAUUCACAAUUUGUGUACUCUGUUGCUACUUCUGGGAAUUUCCUUAUUGACCCAACACUCGAUAACAGCGUACUAUUUGAACACUGCGGGGAAAGUCAAGAGGUGUCGUCCGCCAGUGACUUUGAGAUCUACAGUAAGCUCAAAGGGAAGGUGUUCUUCACUCUAUGCGGCAGCCCCGAGGGUACAUUCGAUGUGGUCACCCUGAGAAGAGGAGAAAUAAAUGGACAUCAGUUAAAUUUUCUGCGAGUUCAGAUCCCAGAGAAUAGAACCUCCAAGAUCUUGAACUGGUGCAGUGAUUACCAACGCCUUUGCGAGUCAUUUGCCUUAAGCCCAAUCCAGUGCGUGCAGCCAUCAACACCAUAUAACUGCUCCAGCUACGGACCCGCCAAUUUGCCAUCUACUGCCCUCAUGUGCCCGGCCUAUCCCCUUCUGUCCUCUCAAGCAAUACGUUACGAACUUCCUGGAAAAAACACGACCUUCUUUACACUAAAAAAUUGCUCUCAGUCUCAAUGUGCUGCGCCAGUUCUCCAUAAUGCCAGCUGCAACGAUGCCCUGGACUGCGCCCAGACAGAUCAUCCAAAUAACGAGCUCUACAGCGCGUGCGUGGCCCGGGAUUCCGGAUUCGAGGUCCUCGAACAGCGGCAGUACGGACUGGACGAUCUCUAUUAUGACGUCAUCAAGGUUCGUGUCCCGGAUGUGUCGAAGUACUCAUCAUGGUGUAAGGAUUACCAGAGGCUGUGUGCGCGUUAUGGAAAGCGACCUGUCGGCUGUGGCUCGGAGUGGAAGCGCACGCAUGCGCACUUGUCGUGCCAAGAGGAGUACAACGCAGUUAUGGAGGCCCACAAUGAGCUGGGCUGCCCCCCCAACAAUUCCAAGAUCGCUGAGAUCGCUCAACGUGCUGGGUUCUCUAGUGCGACGGCUAAUAACGUCUUCGCGUUGGCUAACUGCAGCGCGUGUAAUGGCUUCAGCAAGCUUAAUGAGGACGAGCAAACAAAUGCUUUUUCAUGGUUCCCGCGUCUGGCAUCUUCGGAAAGAGAGGCGUAUACAAUUUGCGCUGAUUCUGAUAGUAAUCUUAAGGUGAUUGUCUCCAAACGAGUGGUGUUUAAGCAGAUAGACUACCUUGCUGUUAAGGUCCAGUUUCAUGGCAUGCUGCGCUCAAAGUAUGACAGCUGGUGUCGAGACUACCAGCGGAUGUGCGAGUCUUUUGGCAGAAGACCAGUCGCUAAACCUGGAUCGUUUGUGGCUAACAUAGAUGCUACUUUUAGGAAAUGCAGAGACGUGUACAACGCCGUUAUGGGUUACUCACUUGGUGCGGUUUCAAGUAACGUGGAUGUUUCUGACAUAAUGAAGAAAGCAGGGAUCCACACCGACAAUGAUGAUGAUGCAUUUCAUCUCUUAAAGUGUUCCUCGUGCGAAAAAUUGUUGAAUGCAACAGGUUCGUGUCAACAGAGCUUGCACUGUCUUGCACUGGGAAACCAUAUUGGAUACACAGUUUGCGCUAACUCUGACUCGAACUUCAAGGUUCUGCACACCAAACCAUUCGUUGAGAACAGUACAGAGUUUCUUGUUGUCAUGGCAACUCUGCCACGUGAUGGUCUAUCACAGUUCGGGACUUGGUGCGAAGACUAUCAGCGCAUGUGCGAGUCGUAUGGGCAUAGACCGCUUGCUUGCGGAAGUCAAUACCGUCGGUAUACACAGCACUUCCGGUGCCAAGACGUUUUCAAUGCCCUAAUGCUUCACGAUGACGAAUCCGAGUGUGCGCAGAACGUCCGCGUCGCGCGCAUUGCCAGGCAAGUAGGCUUCACCGGUGCCAACGAGUACAACUCCUUUGCGUUUAACUCCUGCGAUGUGAACGACUGCCGACAACACAUUGGUGGCGCAAACUCACGUGCGUUUUACACGGCAGGAAUGAAUCCCACAGACAGGGUAGUCUACACAGUGUGCGGAAACUCUGACAGUAAAUUCCACGUUAUUCUUUCUAAAUUUACAGCAAAAUAUGCCGUCAACCAUGCGAUGCAUUUGAAAUUGAGAUUACCUGAAGACGGAAUUUCAAAGUAUGAUACCUGGUGUCGUGAUUAUCAAUAUUUAUGCGAGUCAUAUGGAAUGCGAGCAAUGGCUUGCGCAGAGAGGUAUUACCACAAUCUAGAACACGGUAUGUGUCGAGAAAAGUAUAACGCGGUUCCAGUUAACAGUUGCCCUGGAAACAUAUGGGCUGACCAAAUCAUAAAUAGGGAUGCUCGCAUUGGCAGUAGUCAAGCCAAUACAUUUGCCUUGCAGAGCUGCCUCGAUGAGGCUUGUACUAAAAAGCUUGCAAACAACAGCUGUGAUAGAGGUCUGCACUGUGCGCAUCUUGGAUUAAAAUACCGAAUUGCACACACGAUGUGUGUCAGACAAGUAACCUCUUUCACAGUAUUAACACACAAGAUAGUAAAACACCUCCACCGUUCAUUUCUCGUCAUCAAGGCGAUGUUCAAGAGCGUGAAAUCCUCUGACCAGUCUUGGUGUCAUGACUAUAAAAAUCUCUGUGCAACAUACGGAAAGCGACCGCUCGCGUGUCCACGGGAUCGCUCACAGAAAUUCCACCGCUGCCACGAACUUCACAACGCAGUAUCUGCGAGCUCAAGUGAAUGUCCUCUGAACGCCUUUAUUGCAGAACUUGCCGUAGAGGCCGGGUUUAAAGGCGCAACUCCAAGCAAUUCCUUUGGAUUUCACAAAUGUGAUGCGAGCGACUGUACGAAUUACCUGCGUAAAGAUGGCUGCGAAUCGGGUUUGCAUUGCCUCAGUAGAAAUACCCAUAACCGAGUAGUGUACACAGCAUGCGCUACUUCGAUUACCAGUUUUGACGUUAUCCAUAGCAAAGUUUACUCAGCCUAUCACGUGAUUAAGGCUCGUGUGCCCACUCAUGGUAGGCCUGUGGUAAAUUGGUGCAAAGAUUAUCAGGUCCUUUGCGAGUCCUUCGGUGCGAGACCAGUCGGAUGCGCAACCCUACACGUGAACGAACCCAAGUUCGGAAAAUGCGCGAGCAUUUAUCGAUCGUCAGUGGAAGCAGACUAUUUCAGUUGCGGGUCUGUUUCGAAGGCUGUGCAAAUCACUCGCUCUGCCGGCUUCAGUGAUGCCAAUGCGGAGAACACGUUUGUGUUCCACAUGUGCGAUGAUUCUGAUUGUAAGCAGAAUUUAGCUCAAUCAGGCUGCCAUUCUUCCCUGGGAUGCAUUAAUGCUAACACAACAGAUAACAUUGUGUACACCUUAUGCCGAAAAACCAUAACUGAAUAUAAUUUCGAGGAGACUCAAGUCAAGAAAGCUGACUACCAAGGUGUCCCGUAUUUGGUGGUUCGAGCGCGACUACCUUCGAAUAGACAUUCUCGCAAAAGUACAUGGUGUGAAGAUUAUCAGGCCCUGUGCGAAUCAUACGGUCUGCGGCCCACAGGCUGUUACUAUGCGCAAGAAGCGACCACCAACUGCGCAAGUUACAAAUCCGUACCAUUUCCGGUCAAUCCGCUGAGUUGUGAUCCACGAAUCAUGGUCACAAAUAUAGCCAACGCUGCAGGGUUUACUGAUGCGAACUUAAACAACUCUUUCGCGUUCUACAGCUGUGCACCUGAAUUUUGUAAGCGCGAUCUACCUGCUAGCGGUUGCAGCCAGUCUUUGUCAUGCCUGAGCAAAGAUGUCCCUGAAAAUGUGUUUUACACAGUCUGUAGACCAUCACCAUCUGGCUUCGACGUCAUUGAGAGCCGAGACGUGACUCACAAUGGGUUAUCGUUUGUGUCUGUGAGGCUGAGGUUUCCCUCACAUAUGGACGCAUCCAGUGCUGACUGCAGCAGUAACUAUACGUCCAUGUGCUCUGCAUUCGAUGCUUACCCAGUGGCCUGUUCCGAAAGCCUCGAGCUGAACACGUCCUCGACCUCUGAUACUCUAUACAAAAUCUUAUUGACCUCUGUCUAUAACUGCUCAGUCCCUUCAGGUUUAUUACCCAUGUUCUAUAGCGCUGGUUUCUCAAAUGUGUCAAGAGAAAACGUGUUUAUUCUUCGUCGAUUUCAGAACGGUUCCUGUGACGAUGGAAAGUGCAACGAGUCGCUUCAGUGCGUCGGUCACAGUGGUCAAUAUCUAGAGGCAUAUACCGUGUGCGUCAAACGUCAGCAACAGCAUGGAUUUACGAUUCACAAAAUUUCUAGCGCUGAACAUGGAGGCGAGGAAUUUACAAUCCUUAAAGGAAUAUUCAGCAAAGGCUAUCCAUUUUUGGAGAACUGGUGUCGCGAGUAUCAAAGAACCUGCGAGGUGUUGAGAAAAAGACCCGUCAACUGUGUAUCCGGACGAGAUGCGGUGCAAUGCACGCGUAAGUACAACUUCAAUAUGAGAACUGGUAAUACAGGUUACCUUUCUCGUGAAGAACUAGUUGAACUGGUCAAGGAUUCAGGCUUUACAGACGCCGUUACUGUAAACGUAUUAGCUUUCGAAAAGUGUAAUAACAGUUCUUGUAACGUCGAACUCAAAUCCCAGCCAGUGUAUCUGGUAUGCGUAACCGGACAAACAGGUUUUGAAGUCAAGGAAACAAGGACCGUUGUAGAUGGAGGGCUGAGCUACAAGGUGGUGCAUGCGCGGAUACCGUCUGAUGGACAAAGCAAGUCAGGAAGCUGGUGCGAGGACUACAGUAAGCUUUGCGACUCUUAUGGUCAGCGGCCCAUCGUAAAGGUCAGCCGCAGUAUGUCAGUUAGGGCCCAGGAAUGCAGUGAUCGAUUCGGUGCCUUAGUUAUGAAGACGGCGACCGCGUUGUCGAGCUUAGUUCAUGAUGCAGGGUUCUUAAACGUCUCGGUUUUGAGUGCAAUAACGUUUUCGCAUUGCAAUUCCAGCAAAUGCUCUAGAUCGUUUAUUAACAGCGAAUGCAGCGCGCCAUUCGGCUGCGUUACGCAAAACACUUCUCUCGAAGAUAUUUUCACCUUCUGUACUCACGACCUACCCAUAAGCAACUUUGAAGUCAUGACAACCAAACACACGAUCCACAAGGGAAGUCCUUAUUUGGUAGUGAAGGCGCGGCUGCCAUUUGACGGGCUAUCACGGCAGGAGAAUUGGUGUGCAGAUUACCAGAAACUAUGCGAAAGCCUUAAAUUGCGUCCCUUAGCCUGCAACCGCGACUUCUUUGACAGUGAAAUCGAGAAAGCAGUCUGCUUAUCGAAAUACCACGCAGUCAUGCCACGUGAUCAAUCCCUCGAGUGUCCCGCAAACGUGCGGGUUAACGAAGUUGCGCAAUCGGCUGGUUUCACCCUGGCGUCGUUAAACACCUCAUGGGCCCUAUUCUCGUGCACGUCUUCAUGCACAAGGUAUAUAAAUGACAUUUCAAAUACUGCCCCUUAUAUGAUGUCCCUGGACGUCCCUUCAAGAGUUGUGUACACAGUUUGUGCCAGUGAGGAGACGCACAACUUUGAUGUUCGAGAAACUCGCGUGAUAACAUUCAUGAGUGAUGGUUACAUCGAGAGGGAAUACCUCGUGAUCAGAGUCAGGGUACCGAGCCAUGGCACCUCAAGACAGGAAGACUGGUGCCGAGACUAUCAGCGCAUGUGCGAGUCGUACGGUCGCCGCCCUACCGGUUCUGGAGUGAGUCGUUCCGAGGAUGUGAAGCAAAGCUCUUGUAUGAAGUACUACAACUCGUACAUGCUACCAAAGGAUGAAAAUGACGAUUGGCCUAAUUAUAAACCAAUAUCUAAUAUAGCUACAGCGGCUGGGUUUGAUUUAUCUGGUGCACCAACCAACGUUUUCGGGCUCUAUAAUUGCCAAAAUUGCCCUAAGCAACUAGGACUGCUUUCCCCUUCAUGGAACGUAGCCAUAUACCGCCUUUAUAACACUGAUGGGGACUUCUAUACAAUCUGUGUGUAAGAUACGGACGCUUGAUGAACUUGUUUAAUCUCAUCGCGUUUAUUAAAAAAAAAAAACUAAAUAGUCUCAACAGGAGCAACGGGCCCAUUCUAAUUGAGCCUUAUCCUGCAGCCGCCAUGCACCUCAUUUUUGCAUGGAUUGUCGUCAACAUCGAGGGGAAAAAACGACGUGUUUUUACACGGUUCGUGCGCAACAUAGAAGGCGAAGAGAGGCGUAUUUUUUACACUGAUCGUCUUCAACAAGAAGGGCGAGGAACGGCCCAAUCAUUUUAUUGUCUUUGCUGUCUGUAUCCGAAUCAUUUGGAAAUGUCGAGAAGAUCUUUGAAUUCUGUGAAAGUGCUUUACACAUGUACGAAUUGAAGAUGUUUAAGAUCCUGACUAUGGUAACACUGGUUGCCGAGGCUCUAAAAGUUGCUUGCGUUUAUGAGGGUCUUUAUCACCGUGUCUCUGGUCUUUGCUUAUCAGUUAACGUCAAAAAGUGCGCUAUGUAUAUUACGGACACUCUGGAGACCUUGAUUGAUCCGUUGAUAGGAGAAGACCUGUAUAUUACGGACGCAUAUGUGUACAUUGGUUGACCCAUGAUUAGCGUGACACCUGUAUAUUACGGACACUAUGUAUACCUUGGUUGACCGAUGAAUAGUGACACCUGUAUAUUACGGACAUUUGGAAGACCUUGAUUGACCCAUGAAUAACGUGACACCUGUAUAUUACGGACACUUGAAAGACUUUGGUGGAACCUGUACACCUGUAUAUUACAGACCUUCGAGGACCUUGGUGGAACCUGUACACUUGUAUAUUACAGACCUUCGAGGACCUUGAUGGAACCUGUACACAUGUAUAUUACGAUCACUCUUAAGUCCUUGGUUGAACCGUGAAUAGCGUAACACCUGUAUAUUACGGACACUUGGAAGACCUUGGUUGGCCCGUGAAUAGCAGAACAAAUACAUAUUACGGACACAGGCAUUUGAUUGACCUGUAGUGUGUAGCACCUAUGUAUAAACCGUUAGCCGAGAACUGUUAGCAUGAAAUCAUUACAAUACGGACACCUGAAAACUAGAAAUCACCUGUAAAUAGCGGAUGGGCCAACAAAUAUGGCAACAAAGAAGCGUUAAGACAUGAAAUUUUAGAAGCUGUCAAUUAGGACAAGUUUGAAGGAGGCGUCCUCGCCACAAUAGUGCAUUGUUACCAAAUGUAUCUGUGCCUUCUUCUUCUUCUUUUCUGUGGGCCCACCUCAAGAAGAUUCUUGUGAGCAUAGAGUGCAGUGAAUGUGAGGGAGUGCCAAUAAAAUGUUCGUGCAUGUGAGUUAAAAAAAAUGAAGGAGGGUGGUCAGUUUUCCUCGAGGUGGGCCUUCAGCCGGAAUCAGAUGGUUUCGCCGACAAGCUGUUCGUCGACAACAGUGGUUGUUUCGCCGACAACCACGUUCGUUUCGGCCUUUGAAGGAGGCCAGGCUUGGUGCUUCCACCGCAGAGUUCGGCAACAAGUUCCAGUCCCGAAUUGUUCUCGGGGGAAAAGGACAUUUGAUGGUACUGUGUCCGGGAACUUUGAUGCUCAUGAGGGAGCUUCGAUGCUCAUGAGGGAACUUCGAUGCUCAUGAUGCAUGAGACGACCAAAGUUGGAUCGAGUUAAAAAGAUGUAGUUGAUAAAAAGGGUUUCGGAUUUGUGAAUCUUCAGGCCCGUAGCCAGGAUUUUGAGCGGGGGGGGAAAGGGGGGGGGGGGUUCGUUUACCCAUUUAACGGACCAUUUUCUCUUAUAUAGCUCACCCUAGCUCGCAGUGGUACUCAAUUUUUCUUCAUUAGAGCGGACCUUCCAGUCCAGUGGGGUGGUUCUGCCGAAACCCCCCUGGCUACGGGCCUGAUCUUAGCACUGACUGCGAGUUUGAAUAUUUGGCCAAAAUAUAGGCACACUAAUAACAAAGCGUCGAAUUAUUUUUAGUGGUUGCUAUCGUGAAAGAAAGCUGCCAACCAUCCCCAGGGAUCCAUGGCCGUUAGGCGGGACCGAGCGGAAUGAAAUUAAACGUUUCUUUCGUUUCCGGUCCGAAUAGCCGUUACGCCCUGGAUCCCAAUCUCGUCCCCAGGCUCUUCAGGGUGCUAAGCGUUCGUCGACACCAAAGGAAGUCCCCAGAAGGCUCCGGGAACAGUGAGAAUGUCAGGUUCUUUUCCCGUAUGGAUACGAAAUCCUUUUCCUUGAUAUGCUUAGAAUGAAAUGUCUCUUAAUGAC